AUGAAUGCUAACGGCGUAGCGUCUGUCCCUAGGGUUCAUGACUCCGCUGAGCACCAAGGGACCCCCACGCCAAAGCAGAGACACCAGGACACCUGGUUUUUCCCCAAGGAAUUCUCAAUUGACCUCAUCAACAUACCCGGUCUGAGUCAACGAAUGAGAGAGGAAGUGCUGAACACAGCAUGGGAGUACAGCAGGGUCGUGAUCCCCCAGUACACGAACUGGACGCGGUUUUGCUGUUAUGUUCGUCUGUCGGCAAUCGGCAUCAUCUCCGAAUACAACGGCGAGCUCACCGAUAUCACGGCGACGAACAAGAUCCUCGGCUACGAUGUCGACGAGCUUCUCGAUACCAUACGCAUAAACCGACCGGGGGCCGAUGAGAGCAAACAUGAUGAGCUCUUCCGCCGGUACGUGAACCAUCUCGUCCAUUCACCCAGAAUUUGGUUCCGCGCCCGCGACGGCGACGCCCUCAUUCGCUUCGGACUCGCCGCGGCGCUCUCUUCGAACGAUACCGACGACGUAUGGUUCGACGAGGCGCAGCUCCAAGUGCUGAGUGAAAUCUGCGUAACGCUGUACGACGCCGUCGCCUUCUUCAAACACCGCUCUGAGGGAGAGAUACACAACACGUUUGCUUACCUCGACCCGAAGCUGCAAGUCAAUACCUACGGACGGGCGAGGGAGGUCCUCUGGUCGAUUGAUUCCGCUUGGGGAAAAUCACCCCGCCAUCUUGUGGCUCUGAAUCACGUUCGGUUCUUUGGAGGGCCAAUGCAUAUGACCAUGCGGCGGUAUCGUUAUGUUGAGAAUGGGAUGGAGCUUGGACGUCCCGAGACGGAGGAAGUGGUGAAUGACGCACGGGAGUACUACAAACUCUGGUACCGAGCCAGGUUUGACAACGUCAUUUCCAGAGAAAGCUACUUACUCUACCCGGGGCUAGCUGAGCCCCUUCAACAGGAUGUUAAGCGGGAGUGCGACAAGUGCGAGUACAGACGGAACUACGGCGCUAGCACGAUCAACGAAUUUGGUGGCGUCAAGCUCUGCGAGGCCUGCAGGGAUGAGUGGCGUCAAUACACCGAGACUCCCGCAGCGCGCGGCCGAGGCGUUCCCGGAAACUGA